AUGUGUUCCAAUAUCUUAUCGCUACAGUAGGUAUAAAAUAUACACUUCACCGAUUUAGUUAUCAACUUUAUUCGUGUAUCUCAAGCUGAAUUUAAAAUGAUUUAUAAAUAUUUUCUUGUUUUCUUUGCAGUUUACGUAAUGGCGAACGCAAUUGCUUUAAAUGAUCAAGAACAGUUUGCUGAGUUUAAACAAAAGUUCCAGAAAGCUUACGAAUCUUCAGACGAGGAAAACAAUAGGUUUAAGAUAUUCCAAGACAAUUUGCGAAAAAUAGAAGAGCACAAUAAAAAAUAUGAAAAGGGUGAAACUACAUAUACCAUGGGUGUAAAUCAAUUUUCUGAUUUGUCUCCUGAAGAAUGGGCUAAUAGAAACCAUGGAUAUAGGCCAAGACCAAAUCAUCAAUAAUACAAAAUGUUAUUAAAAAUGAAAAAAAUUCUCUUAUUUGAAAUGAAAUCUUCUGUUCCUACUUUAAACCAAAAACCAAUUUUAUUAUUGAUGUACUCCAAAUACUUUUAAUAAAAUAGUAUACAUAU